AAACCAUGGGGGUGAAUAAUGGAUCGGCUCUGCUGGAACGACAGAAACGGGAGACAUCUACAGACAAAAGCUGGUUCAGUCAGUACAGACAGCUGGCUCAUUACUUCUCUCUGCUCUGCUUCCUGCUCACCAUCGUCACGCUGCUCCUGACUCUCUGCUUGGUUCAAGUCACCUUUGUGUUCCAGUCACAGUCGACCCUGCAGGAAACCAAACUGAGAGAUCUGACAAACAGACUGGAGAAGCUCAACCAGUCGUAUCACCUGCUGUUCUCCCAGUAUCCUGCUCUGAACCAGUACUGCCCCAUCAGCAACACCACCACUGGUGAGCGAGAGUGCAGACCAUGUCCGGCCGGGUGGACGCCUCAGGGAGAGAAAUGUUUCUUAUUCAGUCAGGACAGAACUGACUGGAUCAGAAGCCAGUACCGCUGCAUGGCACUGGGGGGCGCUGUGGUCGCAGUCAGAACAGAGGAUGAGCAGCUGUUUCUAUGGAAAAAGGCCCUGAGUCUGAGUCAGGGAGACUCGUACUGGCUCGGCCUGAGGAGCAGUGGUGCUGAUGGGGGCUGGCAGUGGAGCGAUGGCUCCUCAGCGGAGAAGAGGCCACAGUUUUGGGAGCGUGAGCCUGACAGAGCAGCAGACAGCAGGGAGCUGUGUGGUCGACUCACCCCUGGAGACAACUACAGGAAGAGCUGGUUCACCUCCAGAUGCUCCAACCAGCUGAGGAGGAUCUGUGAGAGGAGACAAGCUACUCUACAGUGAGAGGAGGGGAUACAGGGAGUUCAAUCAAA